CUCUAUGUGUUGUCAACACAACCACCAGAACUGGAAUCUCUUAUAACGUGUUUCCAAGUGUUGAAUAUUUGGUUAAUGUUGUUAUGAUUUGAGCCUUUCGUUUGCGACACGAGUUUUAGCCAUCGAUUGAUUGCCAGGAUUGCCACCAAUUGGGCCAUUCAUUCACUCAUUGAUACUCUUGUUAUGUAUGCAUCCGAUUGAGUGGUUUGUGUGCCAAAUGGCGACUCCGACCAUAUCGUUGGCCACAAUGGGCUCUUCGCGGAAGAAGACAUCCAAAAGUGAGGCCAAAGCGGCCAACAGUUCGGGCGAUCAUAAAAAGCCAAACGCUUUAAAUAGCGAUAAAAAGUUACGCAAAUUCUGGGGCGAAGAACACAACGCGGACUCAAUUUACUCGAUAUAUCUCAAGAAAAUUACUUAUUCUGUGGUUUGCGAAGACAUCUAUGGACUCAAAUUGAGCGACAAAACGGCCGAAGAAUGUGUGACACGUUGUGAUCAAACAGACUCUUCGCCGAAGUCAAAGAAGACGCCGAAGCGAACCACCACUUGGUUUGAUGACCAACAGUGUCUUCAAUGGGAGACCCGACAGAUACGGAUCAUACGGGCGGCCACUUUAGAGCAUAUCGUGAAAUACAUACUGUUUUUGACGCCAAAUCACAGCUCAGACGAAGAGAUGCAGAACCAGAAUCUGCUGGAAGAGGAGCGCAAUAACGUGGCCCAUGCCAUGCAUGUCAUGUUUUGCACGUAUAGACAGUACCAUUUGCCGCAACACCUGUUGGCCAUCAUAUUAAGACAUCAACACCACUGUUGCCAAAAGCAGUUAAAUUUCAUUCUUCAUUAUUGGUUAGACAACUAUUGCGAGGACUUUAGGACUGAGUUCACGACCGGCGACGCCUCCAACACCUGUAAAGAUAGUGAGUUAGAUGUGGCCGACAGUAGGCAACCAUCGCCGCCGCCGACGGCUGACUUGUCUCUAAACAGCAACAGUUAUGACUCGACCGGCAGUUCUCACUACGAGUCCAACUGUUCGACCAACUCGUCGGAAGACAGCGGACACAAACCCAUGACAUUAGUGGACAAACUAUUAAGUAUACCGAAUAUCGACGAAAGGGUUUAUCGAAAAUGUCUCACAAUUGUGGACAUGAAAACAGAGUCGACACCGGAUAUCAUAUCCACAAAUCAGAUAAGACCGUAA